AUGGCCUCUCAUCCGGUCCUGAACGCCUCGUCCACAGUGACCCCAAGUUUGAAACCCUCACACCUGCCGCAGCCCACAGCCUUCCAUUUCGGUGGCUUCAAUCAGAAUCAAUGGGGGCCUGACUCCAUCGGCACGAUCCUUUUCGGGGUAGUCAUGUUCUUCAUCGGCAUCACUGCGCUUUGGCAAGGCAGAGUGAGGAGGCUGAGGCAUGAAGAGGGCACGUCGGGCUCCGUCCUUCCUUCCUUCCAUGAAGAGCAAGGCCGAUGCACUCACGUUAGAGGCCGCCCGGUUGCUGUAGCAGAUGAGCUCGCCAUGGCAGAUCUUUCCGAGGUAUUCGGAAGCGAAAGGGUAGCUGUGGGGACGGAUGAGCAAGCUCGAGAGGAUGAAACGAUGAAGCAGGGGUUUGUGAAGAUUGAAACGGGCAUACGGACGGGUACGGAGGGGACAUUGGUAGGGCAUGAUGACGACGAGAGUGAGGGGAAGGAACUGGAGGAUUGA